GGACUGUCGCGUCGUGGCCAGAGCGUUUUCUCCUAGAACUUGGUGUAAACUUCAACAUCAUCCCAACGACUGCCUCUGAGUUCAAGUGGCGCGGAAAGGUCCUUCCAAACCCCAGCGACAUCACUUUCAAGGUGCAGGAUCUCUAUCCUGUUCAGGCGGCUUGUCUCCCUACCGUCUUCCCAGCGCAAUGGAUGUCCCAGAACCUGAGCAGACCCCUUUUGGGGUGGUCUCUGAACAUACUUCACGCUUCGCAAGGCAAUAUCAGAACUACCUGGACAAGUCCACGCCUCACACCAAAUAUCGUUGGGCUGGUACCGGCGUGCUCCUGCUUGUUUUCAUGCUUAGGAUAGUCCUCGCGCAGGGUUGGUACAUUGUUUGCUACACGGUUGGAAUCUAUCUACUGAAUCUCUUCCUUGCUUUUCUGCAACCCAAAUUCGACCCUUCGAUUGAACAAGAUGAGGGCAUGGAGGACGGCGCUGCCGGUGGCCUUCCCACCAAGCAAGACGAAGAGUUCAGGCCGUUCAUUCGGAGACUUCCCGAGUUCAAGUUCUGGUACUCUGCGACCCGGGCCCUGGCGAUUGGAUUUGUCUGCACCUGGUUCGAGAUUUUUGACAUUCCCGUCUUCUGGCCGAUUCUGGUCGUUUACUGGUUCAUCCUGUUUUGUCUGACGAUGAGGAGACAAAUCCAGCACAUGAUCAAGUACAGAUACGUGCCGUUUUCGAUUGGAAAGACUCGGUACAAUCGAGCCAAUUGAGCGGAAGGCGCUUGAGAGUGUCAUUCUAUUUUAAUGAUGAUGACUUUUGCAGGUACAUCUUUGGGGGUGAUUACCUGCUCUUGAUGGGCCCGUCUGUGGCCGUUCUCAUUUCGGAGCCCUGGAAUAUUUUGUACUAUUAUCAUUGGAAUCUGGGAGUCAUUUUGUCUUGAACCAUGUGCUCUCCGAUGGAAGCCCUUGUUCUUGUCCAUUAUGCACGUUCGAACAGAGGAUACAGGAUAAGUUGGUUGCGCAGUCAAUAUUGCCUCACGUACAUGCUCUGAUCUAGCCUCUAUCGCUCCCAUAUGCCGCGAUGCGAAAUGAAUGUAUCGUUACUGUAUUUAAUAUAGAUUAGUUCUAAUUGUCCUCACACGAAGAGAAGUUCAAUCAAGAUAUUCAAGGA